UAUUCCACAUCGGUACAGUGGUACACCCGAAAUGAUUUCUUUCCCACAUCCUGCACGGCCGCGUCCAUUGCGUCUCUUCUCACACCACGCUAUCGACAAAAUGGCAUUCAAAUGCACGCCCCAGCUCACGAGAUCCCGCAGUCCAUCAAAUAUGCCACCAAAACGGCCUCCCAAUACCUCCCAAGAUCAUGCCGCCGCGUUGCACACGCUCAUCGUGAAUCAACAGACUGCCAGACAUACAGCAGAGAAUGCGCAAAAGUUGCCGAAACAGCCUGAGAAAUUGAUUAGGAAACGCGGGCGACCUCGGAAACUGCGAGAAAAUCCUAUUGCCUCUACGUACACCCCGGAGAUCUUGUGGGAUUUAUCUGGAGCUACGGGAAAACAUGAAUUCCAACUAACAGAUGAUUAUGAUCUCCCUCCAGCACGCUAUGAGUUGAACGAGCAGCGGCGUGCAGCUAAAUAUAAGGAAGACGUCGAAUCACAUGCGAACAACCAACGCAAAUACCUCAGCAGAAAUGCCAAACGCAAUACUGAGGUCGCUGACUUUUGGCCAAUACAUGCAUGCGAAGAAAAUCGAACCGCUGACAGGAAACCCCGGAAGAGAGCACGCAAGGAAAGCUUUGAAAAUUCAGCUGUCAGGCCGUUGUUUGCUUCACCUCAUAUGUUGUUUACUUCUCCUGGGCUGCCCCAACUAAACAGACCACCCUUCCCGGCUGUGUCCACUAGUACAGUAGCUCAUGAGCAGACCCCAACACAAUCACCAUCUCCUUCAGACAUUCUGGAUCCCAAUACACGACAGACAGGAUAUUUAUCUCCUGUAUUUCCCAUCAAUGGGUGCGCCCGAGCCACAUCGUCGUUGACAUCAGAUCCCUUUCGCUAUCCAGGAGAAAAGGCUCCGACAACCCCAGUCGCACCCGUGAACCUACCUAGUGAUGCGGAGCUGGACAUUGACCCUCUUGAACUGGAUCUAAGUCAUGAGGGGAGAUACUCGGCUCUAUAUCCAGUUGAUCAGUUCAGUCCCAGCGCCCCCAUUCGCGACCAACAACCUGCCGUCAGUAGUACUGCUACAUCAGCUACUUCCACCAACCCUCCAGUAUACCAACACGUCUUCAUCCAACGAACCAGGCCAGAAUUGGUGAAAGACCAGCGCCCUCGAGCAUAUGAAUACAUGAAAGUCGGAAAAGGCAUUCCACAUGGGUAAA